CGAGUCCUUUUCGGAAUUAAUGAGGGGUUUAGGGGUGCUGCCCUGUUUCCCACAGGGUUUGUGCCCCGGCGGGGCUGGGUGCGGGCUGUGGGUGCUGUUUGUUAGUCAUGAGCCCUCGUUUUGUGAGUCCCUGUCAGCAGGGAUUUGAUGUCUGAGAGGGCUGGGAGAGCGAUCCCUCUGUGAAAGCCAGUGCUGUUGUGAUUUGAUAACGUCCAGAUGUGAUUUAUGAGCUAAACAGACACAAACGUCAGUCUGUGCCCUGCCUUACAAUCGUUUUGUGUUUUCUAUUCCGAGAAGACAAGAAAUAGGUUACAUGGAAUCACACUCUGGUGUGGAGCUGUUACAGUAGCACAAAACCACUACAUUUCAGAAGAAGAAGUUUUUUGCUGGCUAGUAAUUGUACAUUUAAUGUAGCAAUUUAACUGUAUAGUAAGUUGCAAACUUUCUGAUGUUUGUUAUUUCUGGCUUAGCGUGCUACUAGAAAAAAACAAAGAGUUGCCUGGUCUGGUGGAGAGAUCUGGAAGCUUGGAUUUGUGAAAUUGUGAGGGGGAGAUGUGACUCCUCAGGACAGAGUAAGGCAGAUAAAUGAAACCAGAGGUCCCAGAAAGGAUCGUUUGAGAUGUUCCUGGGGCUGCACAGCAAACGUAAAUCAGGUGUUUGUUAGGGUUGGCAGUGCAGUGAGAUCUGAUAUUUUUUCUCGAUGGGAACUGGGAUGAAAUGCAGCCUCUUUGGUCUGUUUUAAUCAGCAGCUUGGCAAAGCCCCCAAACACUUCAUCACAUUUUUCCCAUCUCUGAGACUGUGGGCUGUUCCUUUCAAGAAUUCACAUAGGAUGAUAUCUCUGAGGUGCAUGCAACUGUCAUUAGAACAUGUGACAAAAAAUGUGGAGUGUUUUCCUGAGACACUGUCAGUCUUUUGAAAUGUGCUGUGCAACUUCAGUAAUACUGAACUCAGGCUGAUCCCAGCUCUCAGUGCAGCUGCUAGAGGAGACUCAGGUGAUUUGAGUGAGGUUUGGAUCAGGGCUGUGCUGCUCUGCAAGUGCUGCUUCAGCUGGCAGGAGCUCAGCUCACUGCCUGGAAUCACAACUUAAAAUCAUUCAUUUCCCCACACCCACCUGAUUUUUUUGCCCCAUUUCUCUCUCAUCUUUUUUAUUUGUGUGUGGAGGAGUUUAUCUAUGCUGAAGUUGAAAUCUCUGGAUUAUUUCAGGAUUUGAGCAUGAACUGUUGGCCUGUGCUGUUACUUGCCAACCAGGACAUUGUCUCCCUCCACAUUUCUAACACAGCAAGGCUUGCUGAGCUGGCUGCCUCUUCUCAGCUGCUGUGAGCCUGUAAAUAGCGAAUGCUUUGUCUGGAAUCUCGAUUUGCAUUUUCAGCUGUGCUGAGCACUGGAAGUGCUGUGGGGGUGAUGUCUGGGAGGUGUCUCCUGAUGCUGGGUUUGAGCUCUCAGUGCCUGGGGUGGCCUGUGAGUCACAGGAGGAGGCCUCAGUUCUGGUUUGGCUGGUGGUUGCUGCCACAGUGCCAACAAUGAUCCUGCCACAGAACCUUUUAUAUCAUCUGUGCUUGUGCUCUUUUCUCAGGUAAAAUCCUUAGCAAGGCCCUGCUGCAGGUGUGGUCAGGAGGGAGCCAGGAAGUGUUUGUGAAAAGCUCAUCAUAGCUUGAUUGGCAGCAAACUAAAGGAAAAAUUAAAGGUUUUCUAACAGUCUUGUUUACCUGAAAUUGAGUGGGCUGAGACACAGCAAAGAUUCACUUUCUUUUUUCACCUACAUUGCUGUAGAUCGCUGUCACAGAGCUUUGUCUUCCAAGCAAUGCUCUAUGAAAAUAUCACAGAACUCUCUGUUUUCAGUUCAAGAAAGCUGUCCUUGUCUCUUCUGUUAAACUUGGAUGUUGGCUUUUAAAAUAAUGGAUGGAUUUUCAAAUAGUCACUACAAGAAGGCAUUGAACAAUGCAUCUUUUGCUGGUUACUCAAAGACCUUCUGUUAGUAGGGGCUUUUCUCUCAUUAUGGUGAAGUAAGGAGGGGUUGUAAAAUUUCUGCUGGUAGGAAGUGUAAAAACAAUGAAGUCAUUGCAGUUGCUGACUUGGCCAAAGCUGAGAAAUUUAUAACUUUUUAAUCCUGCUGAUGCAGAAAUGCUUUGGGCCAGUGCUUACAGCAGAGGGUCAAGACCAGCUGGAGACCAAUAGAGAGCAGCUGUGAGUUUGUGGUGAAUGCCUUGAGGUGCAGCUUGGAGCCCUGGUGAUCUCCUCACUGUCACCAGAGGAUUGCUUUUGUCAUAUUUCUAAUGCAAAAUAUACAGGAUAUAUUUUAUAACAGGGAAGGCAGAGCACAAGUAACAGUGACUGAACAUCUUGCUGUGGGUGUGUGCGUGAGUGAGGAGUUGUUACAGAUGCUUUUGGUUUGAUGCUGAACUGUGGGUUCUCUCUUUGCCUCUUGAAUUUGAACAUUUUUCCUAAAAUGGCUGUAUUUCACAUAAUUGUCUCAAACUUCUCUGGGAUUCAUAUUUCCUCUCUGGACACAUGUUUUUUUUGUUUCUGUUUUUCUUUUCCAGUGACUGUGAGCAACCCUGUGGAGAAAGUGGCCUAUCUUGUAGUAUUCCAUAUUCUCUUUGUGCUCUUUGUGUGGACAUAUUGGAAGUCUGUUUUCACUCUCCCAAUACAACCAGGCAAAAAGUUCCACAUGUCCUACGCUGACCAGGAGCGCUAUGAGAACGAGGAGAGGCCGGAGGUGCAGCGGCAAAUCCUGGCCGAGAUCGCCCGGAAGCUGCCGGUGUACACGAGGACAGGCAAUGGAGGGAUCCGGUUCUGUGACAGAUGCCAGCUGAUCAAACCUGAUCGUUGUCACCACUGCUCUGUUUGUGCCAUGUGUGUGCUAAAAAUGGAUCAUCACUGUCCAUGGGUGAAUAACUGCAUUGGAUUUUCUAACUACAAAUUCUUUCUACUGUUCUUAGCCUAUUCUUUGUUGUAUUGCUUGUAUAUUGCUGCAACAGUCUUCAAGUAUUUCAUUAAGUAUUGGACAGGUGAGCUGACCAAUGGACGUUCCAAAUUUCACAUCCUUUUCCUUCUCUUCGUGGCAAUCAUGUUCUUUGUAAGCCUCAUGUUUCUGUUUGGCUACCACUGCUGGCUCGUCAGCAGGAACAGAUCCACUCUAGAGGCUUUCUCAGCUCCAGUGUUUCAAAAUGGCCCAGAUAAAAAUGGAUUCAAUCUUGGCUUUGUGAAGAAUCUCCAGCAAGUGUUUGGGGAAGAAAAAAAGCUCUGGUUGCUGCCUAUUGCCUCUAGCCAGGGGGAUGGACAUUUUUUCCCAAUGAGAGCCUUGAGUGAAGCUCGGAACCCUCUCCUGACAAAUGAGGAGCAGUGGGAAGAGGAUGGAAUAGAUGAAGAGCCUCAGGGUUCUGGUGAAGCCUCAUCCCUUGCCAUAGAAAGGGAGACAUAGCAGUGUGAAAACACAGUGAUGUAAAGCUGGAUCAGAAAGCUUCCCUCUCAGGAGCCAACAUCCCUUCUCUUGGCAAGGACUUCAGUUUUGAGGGGCAGAAAACAGGUGGAUCUUCAAGAUGAGGAAACAUCCUGAAGUAUUGUCUGAUGGGAAUCUGCAUUCUAGAGUGCUUCUCCAGGAAUCCUGCUGUCCAGAUGUCCCAAGGCUUUAGAAGUUUAAGUUACAGAGUUAACAGAACAAUUUUACAGAGUGAUUCUGGCCAAUCUUCUUUGGCCUGCUCUCUUUAUUUUAUAAAUACUAUAUAUUUUUUAUUCAAAAUAGGUGAAAGUGUUGAUGCGAGUGCAUUUCCAAAGGCCUUUCCAUUUUGCAAACAUCAGGGACUCGAGCUCUUGAAAUUCUUCCAAGCCAUAAUAUUCUUGGGGAUGGUUAUUUAUUUUGAGGCUGAUUCUCCAACCUUCCCUGACAAGUGGCAUUUUCUAACGUGUUUAAAUUCUGAGUCAGUUCAGCUCAAUGCAAGACAGACCCAGUUAAAUCUGGCACUAAAUUGGUAGCUGAAUUUAAGCGUGUUGAAGGAAAAAGUGCUGAACAUGCACAUGUACAUGUGCAGCUGUGAAUGAAAAUAAAAUAUUCACUUUGCCAGUAUCAAGAUUCAAGAAUAUUGUGGCCAUAGAUUUUUUAAAACUUUUUUAGGAGGGUGUUAUUGUCUUAGAGUUAGGGUUAUAGUGCUUUUGCAUCUUACUUGCAGGCUCCUCAAAUGCAAAAGGGAACUUCAGACAGUCCAGUUUGCAUUAAUUCCUAGGACUAAAGUAUCAUCUCAUUCCUGGAUCAGUGUUUGAUGGAGAUUUGUGUGUUCAUGGAGUCAAAAAGGAAGCUGUGAAUGUGAAAUGUGCACUGAAGUGUGGCUCCAAGAGUCGUGUUUGGAGUUUACACUCCACAGGGGUGGCUUGAACCCCAAAAUGCUGAAGACACAAUUGAUACAUUGAAUUUUUUCAGACUUCUUCCCAGCUCAGUGCACUGACUGGCUUCAGGGGUUUCUGCACUAAAAGGUGAUCAGAUUUGUUUCUGCAUUUUGCUGCAUUUACAGUCAAAGAGGUGUAUCCCUGUUUUUGUUCUGGGGAGUGGAACUGAAACUUGGCUGGCCAGAUUAUGGACAUUUUUCUAGACCUGAGUCCUUUUUUUUAAUCUGCAUGAUUCAGCCCAGUCCAUCAUUCUUGUUUGAAUUAGGUGCAUGCUACAAGUAUUGGUGUAGUGCCUCUAAGGUCAUUUAGUACCAUUUUCUAUCCCAUUUUUGUGUUUGUUCAUCAGCCCACUGGUGUUGGCAGUGGCUACAGGAGCAGCUGUGCAUGUCAGGAGAAAGCAGCUGAUGAGUUUGGUGGUGGAGGCUUUGCCUACAGACUAAACCUCUUUUUCCUCUGCUGCUGCUGCCCCAGGGAAUGUGUUUGUGAGCCAGGAGAGCCUUGCAGAGGUUCCUUCCCUAAGAGAAGCUGUUUAACUCCUGGCUGACCUGUGCCCUGGGGACAGGAAUUUUGUCCCUCAGCCUCUGCAGUUUGUGUGGAGCAGGCAGUGCUGACCUCUCUGUGAUGAAUUUAGUUGUGAGGGGCCAAGGUGGGCUGGCCCAGGCUCGUGUGGGUUUGUGUCUCUCCUCAGGGUGGCCCUGAACACUGAAAAUGUUCCUGCUUCAGCCACCUGAGCCCCAUCUGCUGAGUGGCUCUGUCACCAAACGGCUGCUGAGUGCUGGAAGAGUUUUUCCUGUCAAUCUAAAGCUGCAUUUCUAAUGUAAAUCUGGUGUUGGACCUUGUGCUGUGUGUGAUGCAAGGUGGCAGCUGAAUUAAUCCCCUCAUUCCUGGCAAAAUGUGCUCUGGAGGGGGAGCUUGAGAAGAUGAUGGCAGCUAAACACAGCCAGAAUUUAGCACCUACAGAGGUGCUAUUUGUGCCUUUAAAAACUUGAAAUUCCUUGUAUAUAAAACCAGGAAGAUGAUUUGAUGACUUUGUUUCAUCCUGUCAGCUGCAGUUUAUUUUUCCUGAGUUUUCUGAGCAGAUUCUUGUGCCCUUCCUGGGUUUGGUCCUGGUUACAGCCCUG